ACAAGCACAGAGCACGCAUGUUUUCUUGUCGUUCAGAACAAAAUGACCGACGGCAAAUCUCUCCUUCUGGUGGUGGUGGUGACGGUGAUGGUAUGUAUAGUGAGCAGCAACGAAGUUUCUACAUACGAUCAACUGCUCGAAACGUACGCUAGCCUCAAGGUAAACAUGGCAUGUUUAACACCAGAGGCCGUGCAGCAAUGGAAGAACAGAGUCUUCAAGAGUCUUGAAUGGUGUGAAGAACUGACUCGAGAGACUCAGGAACAGACUCAGCUGUCUGACUCUGUAUUCCUGAUUCAACCAACUGACUGGAACAGGAUAUUCGCACAGUUCUUCUCGGUUGCUUUCCGUCAGAAACGGGGAGCGGAGUUCACUGCCGAGAAAAUCAAGAAUUUGAAAAAGAAGCUUUUACAUAAAAUUGAAACCUUCCGUUGCUUCAUGCGGAAAAUGCGGAUUACCGACAACAACAACAAGGUUUCAGUAUCCUCUUACACCGAAAACUUCCGUAAUAUCGGCUUACCGUCCGCACUUUUCAACAGCAUCGCCGACGGGAUCCUCGAAUGUAAACACUUCUCGGUCUGGGCUGAACAGAGUCUUGGCAACGAUGACUUCGGAGUUUUGGAAUAA